UCGGUCUAGUUUGCUAGGGUACACAACAGCUGGUUGAAAAUGGCCACGGCCACUAUGGUUGGGACUGGGAGCGAUGCCCAUAGGAUGGAGGCGAAGAAAUUUGAGUAUUUUUCUUCGAUCAAUUCCAUGGCCAGGAAGAUUAUGCUUGAGAGGGAGAAAAUCAAGGAGAAAUAUGGGUCAAACUGGGAGAAAAUGACGCCAAACGAGCAGGACACGGCCAUCGACAAUGGGAUGAUGGAUCCUCAAGUCCGAGCUCGAUAUGCAAUGCACAGAUUGGACCGAGAAGAAAUCGUAUGCUACCCCAAGAUGCUCAUACAAACAGGGCAAAAGAUUGUACAUUUCGGGGAGGAGGACAUAACUUGGCAGGAUGAACACUCGGCACCAUUUUCCUGGGAAACCAAGAGUCAGCUGGAGUUCAGUCUCUCAUCGACGGCAGCCCCAGAGCAAGGGGGUUUGUCCUUGCAGUCUGACUCUAAGCCCAGCAAGACUCCUCAGAGCAACCAGGCCAAGGUCUCCCAAAGCAGCAAGGUGUCCAAUGGGGAGGAGGAAUCCUCUUUCUGGAAGAUCAGUGCAGAGAGGUCCCGCUUGGAGGGCGAGCAGGCCGACUUCCACUCCCUAACGCCGAGCCAGAUCAAGUCCCUCGAAAAAGGGGAGAAGCCGCUCCCCUCGUACCUGCGGCAGGAGUCUGCUCCGAGGGAGGUGGAGGAGCCGGCACCCCAGCAACAGCCGCAGCAGCGGGCGACCAAACCUCGGGCGCCCAAACCGCCUGCGCCCCCGCCCCCAGUGCCCGUCAGCACCCACGCCCCUCCUGCUGCCAUUAGCGUGACCCCGCCUGCACCCGCCAGCGUCUCGACCUCCGUGGCUGGCUGGGAGCGGGCUCAGAGCACCCUGCCCUCCGUCAGCACCCUGGAUGAUGUCUUUACCCCGGCACCCACCACCAAGUCCCCUGCUCACUCGGGAGGCCCCUCCAAGGAGAGCGAGAAGGCGGAGUCUCCGCUUGCUGCUAGUCCAACGUUCUCCCAGUUUAAUACUAGCAGCAGUAUUCUGAAGACAGGCUUUGACUUCCUGGAUAACUGGUAACGAACAGCGAUAACAGCAGUCAUGGGGUGGAUUCCACAAGAAGGAACCUUCUAAUUCUUCCGUGAGCUCUGGAAAGCCAACAACAGGACUGACCUGGCUUCUUACCCCCUGCAGCUUGUAGCAUUUCUCCACAUGUGCUUUGCUGUCCUCUGAAUGUCUCCCUCCCACUGUUUUCUUGACCUCAUACUAGUGUUAAAAUGAAGAUAGUUUGUAUUUAUAUAAGCACUAAAAGUGAUAUGUUUGGGUAAAAUAGCAUGUUUU